GAGCCUUUGGCCCGCCCAGCAUAUUUUUACAAAUAUGAUCUUUUUCAAACAGCAUUUUUUCAUCUGCUCCUGAUUCACAACGAUUUGAAUAAACACAUACUAAGAAAUGAAACUUUGAGCUUAACUUUCUUUAUAUACGUCCUCCACGUUAUAAACACUGUUUUUAUCUGAGUGGGUCUUUAAUAUAAAUACUUGUAUUUCCCUCAUAAAGAAUAAUAGAGGUUAGUAUCUCUUCACAAUCAAUUAUCUCAUUUGCUUAAACAUGCCUCCUACUCCUCAGUUCCUCAGAGCACACCAUUUAAUCAGACUGUUUCUGUUGUGUUGUUUUUUUUUAAAAUCAAACACUAUCAUAGCAGUUACUUCAAAAGACAAGAUCAUAUUUUUAGGCAUCAUUAUUUUUUAGCUCAUUACACAAUUUAAAGAGUAAACACUUUCCACUAUAGCCGUGUAUUUGUCACCUUUUAAAAAUAAUUUAUCGAUACAUGCACAAACGAACACACAAAACUGUAAUCUGCAUGUAAUAUGUUAGAAGUUCCAAGAAACUGAUAAAAAAAAUGACUUUUCUUUAGCCUGUAAUAGGAAAACUCAGGCAUGAUUUUUAGUAUUUUUUAGCUUUGUGUCAAUUUCUGGAUUUCAAAAAAAGACAGUUUUAAAAAAUGAACUUCAGAUGGAUGGAUGGAUGCUUGACUAAUAAUAUAUUUGAAUACAUAAAAAGCGCAUUAUUCAGUAACUAAAAACAGGAAAUUAAAAUUAGGUUUUUGCUCGAUAAAAGUGCAUUUGUUGUUCAAAAAAAAGCAGGAUACUUAAUUAAUGAGGUUCGUUACUGUUUUUCACUUUGUGUUAAAUUGCGGAUUUCAAAAACGACAAUUUAAAAAAAACUUGCAAAAAGAUUUUCUUGCGAUUUCCCCCUCUUGUUUUAAACACUUGCAUACAGCACACAGCAUUUUUUAAAAUCCAGAAUACUAAAGGAGGCAAACAUCAUAUUUGGAGGCUAAAGGUAACGUUGCACUAAGUUGAAGAAUGCUGUGUGAGGAAGUGUCUCCAUCUGCUGGUGAAACGGUGGAUCUCUUCGGUUUGCAGGUGCAUAAAUUUAUCAAACUGAACCAAAUUUAUGAAUGGAAAAGUUAUUAAAAACCGAGAUUUAACUACUAAAUCCAAAUAUAAACAUAUGCAAAUUAGUCAACCCUGCAGUUUGAAUUAUAUUUAAAUUAUAUUGACCCGAUUGACAUAAAAACACAGUUUGAGUUUAGUAUAAGCUAUUAAAUAUUCAUAUUUCUGUCAUCUUUUUACUUUAGCCAAAUAUGUUUUUCCUUCCCAAACUAAAACCAGAACCAGAAAAUGAACAGUUUAAGGUGGCUGACUCAAGAAGUGAGCCCAAAAAUAGGAGUCGUGUUGUCUGACCAACAACAUUGGGACACAAACAGAGGUGGAAGUGGCCCUUCCGCUGCAGCAACCCGCACAUCGGCUUUGGGGGCGAGUUGCUUUUUUUUUUUUAACCCAAAGGAUGUGAGCAGGAGUGGCACUCAGGGCCUUUAAAUACGAACUGUCACCAAACUUCGGCACAACGGGCACCCAACAGCUCGCAUGGGACAGGUGAUGAGGGACACUACCAUGCUGGCGCUCGUACUCGCCGUUCUACAGGGGUUUUCUGUCCGGCAAGUAACCCCAGAUCCAUCCCCGCUCGUUAGCUCCAACUGGGGAAACCCGAGGAGAUUCAUUCACCUGCAGACAUCCACGGAUGUCUGCAACUUCUACUUGGAGAUCAGAUCAGAUGGAACCGUGCGCAAAGCUGCGAGCAGAACAUCAUACAGUGAGAUGGGCUUUUAUUCUAGUAUCUUCUUAAAUGCUGUGCACUGGUCUUCAUUUGGAUUUAUCUGGAAUAACUUGGCGCUAAAUCUUUUUUAUUCAAUCUUUCCAGGUGUGAUUUUACUUAAGUCUGAAACGAGGGAUCGAGUCGCCAUCCUUGGAGUCAAGAGUAACCGUUACCUGUGUAUGGAUCUGGAGGGUAAUCCAUUCAGCUCGCCUAUUUGCCUCAGAGAGGAGUGCCUCUUCAAUCACAAACUCCUGGAAAACAACCGAGACGUGUACUACUCCACUCGGACCAGCAUCUUGUUCAACCUGGAGGGGUCCAAACAGGUGUACAUCGCAGGUCAGAACGUGCCGCAGACCUCCCUGUUCCUACCCAAGAAGAACACGGUGCCGCUGGAGCGCCUCAUCCCGCACAGGGAGAAGAGGAAACGGAUCGUGGAUCCCUCGGACCCGCACGGAGUCUACCACAGACCGGCGGAGGAGGGCUCCGACUCUCGGGCUGUGGCGGAGCAGGACGACGCCGACGUGGAGGUGGAGACAGAGAUGGAGAUGGAGGUCGGUGAUGACGGACGCAACUUAUCCCGGGAGAGACCGCUGGUUCCGUUCAAUGACGACCCCUGGAACGUGAAUUCGUUCAGACAGUCCAGCCCCCGAGGCACCGGAACAAUGGGCUAAGCCGGUGAAACAUUCAAAUAUAAAGCAAGCUUUAUUUUGAAAAACUGGCAUGAGAGUAACACUUCUGUUGCUUUGCUUUCACACUGACUUUGCAUAGUUUAGUUAGUGCUAAAUCUUUCUGCAGUGUGUUUUUACACUGAAUGAACAUUUUUAGACUUGACUUGAUACCUUUUGCACAAUUCUUGAAAACUCUUAUUUCCAAAAACUUAAUUCCUUUUUACAGAGCCCUGGACAGGACUUUACAAAAAAAAAAGACAAAGAAAAAAUUUGCAUUUCUUCUGGCCCCCAUUAGUAUUUUGUAAGCAUAUGUUAGUUUUUUUUUGGCCACAAAUUAGUAUUUAGGGGUUUCAAAUGAGAAAUAAAGAUACUAAAAUACUAUUUUGUGUGCCCAAAUUACUUAUUUGUGCACAGAAAUUAGCAUUUUGUGCAAGGAAAUUAGUAUCUGUGGGUGCAAAUUAGUGGUAGGAAUGGAAGAUACUUAAAAUGCUUAUUUGUGCCCAUAAAUGUACACACAAAAUGCCAAUAUGAGUCCUCAAAAUGCUAAUAAAAUGAUACUUUUGUCAUGUCCAGGGCUCCUUACCUUCCCAUCUUCUUCUAGUUUCCACAACUUCCUAAGAAUUUCUGCUCUUUAAAUGUCAAGAUGGUUAAGAUACAUUUAUUUUCCCCCCACAAAUUUAGCUGAUAUCCUCUGCAACUCAACCCAUAUUUUUAUGAAUUUGUGUUAUAUCCUGUUUAUUUACAUUGUUCAAAUGUUUUAUACAAUCUUAGGAACCCAUAUUCAUGUCGUCUAAUGACAAACCAAAUUUAGUCUACCUCUGGAGGACUGAAGGGUUUGACCGCUGAACUGAAACCAGCAGGCAUGAACAAAUAUGAGACUAUUAAAAAAUGCAAUAGGAUUAGCCUUCAUUUUAGCCUUCUUUAAGUAUUUCAGCAGUUUGCUUUAUUAAUUAUGAAGAAAGUCGUCUUAUAACAACAUCUGAAUUUUCCCACCAGUAGGAUGGAACUCAUAACUUGAAAGAAAAGGACAAACAGGGUCAAAAAAUAAAUGUUAAUUUUGUAGGUGACUGAGUUGUUCUCAUCAACAGCAAACACACAGCAGUCCCUAAAAGUAUUUAUUUAUUGAAAUAUUUUCCUUUCACUGUUUAUUUAUAGUAUUUAUGGUAAUGUUGGAGUUGUACAUACAGAAAAAAAAGAUUUGCUUUGAAUGUAUGAGCUGGAAUUUAAUUUAGAAAGAGUUUUGCUUGAAUUUGGGACCAAAUAAAGUUUAAAAAAGUC